AUAAAGAUAAUACAUAAUAUUAUACGUAUUAUUAUCAUCAGUUAUAAACAUCCAUCGUGGGUUUUAUUUCAGGUUUGAGCUGUUGAACUUUCUGCCCUGAAGAGCGGGAGUCAACAUCUCCAAACCGGUGAUAGACUUCCUUAUCUGGUCUGCACGUAGUUUAUCCUUCCAUUGUGAAAUUCAAGGAAAACUCAUAUCAGAAAUUCUUUGGAACCACAUGCCAAUAGAUUUGCAUAUCUACCUAUGCAUGUGUUCAUCUUGGCGUCUGUGUAGAAACUAGCUUGAUAAACGAUUAUGCAGAUCUAAUUUAGGGCUACAUAUACAUAUAUAUAUAUAUAUAGAGAGAGAGAGAGAGAGAGUAUCAGUCCAGUCUUUCUCUCUGUCUACCUUUCGUUGGUGGAUGGGUGAAGAAGGAGAUGAACAUGGUGUCCAAACAAGACCAAAACUGACAUUAUUGCCUUUAAUAGCUUUGAUUUUCUAUGAAGUUUCUGGGGGUCCUUUUGGUGUUGAGGAUUCAGUAAGGGCAGGCGGUGGUCCUCUCUUAUCUUUGCUUGGUUUUUUGAUUUUCCCUUUGUUCUGGAGCAUACCAGAGGCUCUAAUCACAGCCGAGCUCGCCACAAGUUUCCCUAAAAAUGGAGGGUAUGUUCUCUGGAUCUCUUCAGCUUUUGGUCCCUUUUGGGGUUUCCAAGAAGGGUUUUGGAAAUGGUUUAGUGGAGUUAUGGAUAAUGCACUUUACCCUGUCUUAUUCUUGGAUUACUUGAAGCAUUCUUUCCCUAUCUUAAACAGUUUAGUUGCUAGAAUCCCUGCUCUUUUGGGGAUUACAGUUUUAUUGACUUACUUGAAUUAUAGAGGCUUGCAUAUUGUUGGAUUCUCAGCUGUUUCUCUUGCUGUUUUUUCACUUUUUCCAUUUGCUGUGAUGAGUUUGAUUUCGGUUCCUCAAAUUCGGGUUAAAAGAUGGCUGGUUGUGGAUUUUAAGAAGGUGGAUUGGAGGGGGUAUUUCAAUAGUAUGUUUUGGAAUUUGAAUUACUGGGACAAGGCUAGUACACUUGCUGGGGAGGUUGAAAAUCCAAGCAAGACAUUUCCUAAAGCACUUUUUGGGGCUGUAUUGUUGGUGAUUUUCUCUUAUUUGAUUCCUAUUCUUGCUGGAACUGGGGCAUUGAGGUCUAAUUCUAGUGAGUGGAAUGAUGGAUAUUUUGCUGAAGUUGGGAUGCUGAUAGGAGGGUUUUGGCUCAAGUGGUGGAUCCAGGCAGCUGCUGCAAUGUCUAAUAUGGGUUUAUUUGAAGCUGAAAUGAGUGGAGAUGCUUUUCAGCUUCUUGGUAUGAGUGAGAUGGGAAUGCUUCCUUCUUUUUUUGCUUUCAGGUCCAAGUAUGGUACACCCACCAUUAGCAUUCUAUGUUCUGCUACUGGAGUCAUCUUCUUGUCAUGGAUGAGCUUUCAGGAAAUCUUGGAAUUCCUCAAUUUUCUGUACUCAAUCGGAAUGCUUCUCGAGUUUGCAGCUUUCAUAAGACUGAGAAUAAAGAAACCUCAUCUUCACAGACCUUACAAAAUCCCAUUGGAAACAUUUGGUGCAACAAUGCUCUGCCUGCCUCCUUCAGUUUUGCUUGUUCUUGUCAUGUGCCUGGCUUCCCUAAGGACAUUGAUGAUAAGUGCCAUAAUUAUUCUUGUAGGGUUCUUGUUGUAUCCUUGUUUGGUUCAAGCUAAAAAUAGGAAAUGGACACAAUUUGAUGGCAUGAAAGUGGCUGUGGGUUCCGAUGAAAAUCGGGAAGGUGAAUCCAUUGAGUCUCAUGAAGUUGCAGAUGAGGUUGCAGUUAGGCUUCUUGCAGAGCAAGAAGCUUCUGGGACUUCUGCAGGAAUUCAGAAAUUAGUGUAGGGUGCCUCAUUGUGCUGUUUGACUAUAAAUUAAAUGCUUCUUGUCUUCCACAUAAGGAAUAAUUUUACAUGAUGUAUAUCAGAUUUGUGUCA